CGGCGGCCCCGCGGGUGAUUGACGGCGGCGGCCGUUGGGGGAGGAAAAAAAAAGCCGCCGGUCCCUCGCGCCGUCCGUCCGUCCGUUGGGCCGUCCUGAGGCGGGGGCCAUGGGGGCAGGAAACGAGUGAAAGGAAAGGGGAAAGAAGGAGGGGUGUCUCGCUCUGAGGUGCGCGCGAGGCCUCGCCGCCCGUUUCUUCCUCUUCAGAAGCGCCAUGGAGGACCCGCUGCUGUCGGCGGCGCCCAUCAACCCCAACAACUUCCCGGCCAAGCUGUGGCGACUGGUGAACAGCCCGCGCUUCCGCUCCAUCCGCUGGGACGCCCGCGGCGAAGGGCUCCUCAUCGACCAGCCCUUGUUCGAGGCGGAGCUCCUGGGCGCCGGGGGAGGAGGAGCAGGAGGAGGAGCCGGGGGAGGCGCGGCGGUGGCGGCCGUUGGGGGAGGCGGCCCAGGCGGCGAUGGAGGCGGCGCCUCGGCCUCGUCGUCUGGCGUUCCUUCAGGGCCGCCUGCGUCCCCGGAGCUAUUCAAGACCACCAACUUCACCAGCUUCAUCCGCCAGCUCAACCUGUACGGCUUUCGAAAAGUGGUGCUGGGCCCGCCCGGAGGGGGAGGCGGAGGAGGGUCGGCCUCGUCUUCUUCGGCCUCCUCGGCCUCCUCCUCUUCCCCGGCUUCGUCGUCGUCCUCGGCCCCCGGCGGCCCUUUGCACCAUUUCCACAGCCCGCACUUCCGUCGCGACCGGCCCGACUUGCUGGUGCACCUCAAGCGCCUGACCAGCGCCAACAAAGCCAAGCUGGCCGCCGGGCUGGAGGUCACCAGCCGCCCGCCCAACCGCUUCCAGCGCCUCCUCAGCACUUCCCUGCACGGCGGGGAGGCCCUCCUGGCGCAGCAGCACCACCAGCAGCACAACAGCCCCGCGGGGCAGGCCGCCGCCGCCGUGGCAGCAGCAGCAGCCGCCUCCGCCGCCGGGGCGGCCGCCAAGAGCAGCGACAACAAGCCCGGUGAGAGAGACGGCGCGACGCAGCAGCAGCUCCUGCAAGACCAGAAGGCUCUUGAGCACGUGCAGACACCGCUGACUUUAGGACAGUUUCACCGGUCUUUUCGGAGAGAUAAUUUAUCUCCAUACUCAUACCUGUCGCCAUCAUCUCACAACCAAAAUACCUUCCCACUGAAAGGUUCAGAACGGACUCCUCUUCCUCCACGAACAUGGCAGAACUCCCUUGGGAUGCUCCCAGGGCAGGUGGAGACAUCAACUUUUUCUGACAAAGGAGUUCCAUUUCCUGUGCUCCAGAGGUUUCCAACUGAGGUAACUUACACUCUGCAGCCCAGCGCUACCUCAGUGCACAUUCAGCAAGGACCACAGACGAUUGCUGCAUCAUCCCAGAAAUAUACCAGUUACGCAGCUUCAGCACCAUACUCCCAAGCUUACUACCCAACAGCUGUAUUACAGUGUUGCUCUCCACCUACCCACAUGGAUCCCUUAAGUGGUUGUGCUAGUCCUACUGCCUCAACCUAUACACACUGCAGUUAUUUUCAGAACCCACCAAUGCAAUCUUCAUACCCUGUUGAAUUUCUACCUUCUAACUGGUCCUGCAACACCUCUGAUGAAAACAAGAAGACAGAAGUAAAUUUGGAGGCUGUCUUCCAGAUUGUAGAUGAGAUGCAUUCAUCCCCCAAGUUGGAAAUGGUGAAGGUGGAACCAGUGGAGAGCCAGUGUCCAACUUCACAGCCAAACCGAGGCCAGCAGUUACUAGUUAAUCCGGGGAACAGUGAUGCACCUUCUUCAGGCCAAGCUAGCCACCUAGAACCUCUGACACCUGUGGGCUCAGAUAUUACAUCCUUUGUGGUGGAAUCAGAGCAAGCUAUAGCAUGCUCCUUGCCGCAGUCUCCUGAGUUUAUUUACACUAUCCACACCACUGAACCAGUGGAGAAUACUACAGCGCAAAUAGUGCAGCAGCCUGCAGCCACGCAGCCAACACCAGCAAAGCUGAAAGAACAGAUGAACCAAUCUUCAACACAGUCUUCCAUGGUGUUUGUACAGGAGGAACUUCCCUUCAGUCAGCCGCAGGAGGAUCCCAGUAUCAAGUGUCAGACAAAUCCAUCAGAGACAGUUGUGUCUUCAGAGCAGAUAGGAUUCCUCCUUUCGGAGGUGGGUCCUCUCAGCAAAUGUGCCAAAGAUUCAGUUUCAUCCAUCCAAACCAAAUGCAGAGAAAGAAGGAGCAGUUCACAGAAGGGCAAAUCCCCUGAUCUACAUCUGCUAGUGGAUGUGGCUUGCAAACAAGAACAUUUUCCAAAGGAAGAAGAAUUAAGGGAGUGAGAACUUGGUGGAAAGUGUGUGCAAAUGCUGAGUAGUGGCCAGCUGGGGAAGAGCAGUGCCUUUCACUCCAAAAGGACUUUGGAUACUUUUCCUUCGUUAUUAACAAAACACUCUCCUUAUCUGGUCAUUUUUGUUUCACAUGUAAAUAGUCCCGUCAUUGUUUUUAUUAUACCUCUUUCAUAGGUUUAAAUAUUUUUUCUGGUCAAUUUCUCCUGAUUUAUUUGCCCAAACUCUUUAAAAGCAGAAAACAUGGUCUCUUGAUAAACAGGAAAACUUAACAUCCUCAGGGAGCUGUUCCAGUUGCAGAAUGUUCUUUGUUUUGCACUGGAAUGUCUACACUGUG